GCCACAUGCCCUUUUGAGUCGGCAAGUCUGCCUUCGGCCAGACAAGCAAUUCCACCACAACAAUCAAAGCCAAAUGCCAUUUUCUUAGUUACCCCAAUAUCCAAGGGCAAAAAAGACACAUCUCCAGCUGAAAUUUAUGGGUUUCAUUGGCUACACAAAUCACAUAUGUUCAGCUACAAAAUAAUAAUAAAAAACCCUUCUCUGCAUCCCCUGUUUCAGUUCAUUCAUUUCUCUACAUGAAUGAGCUUCCUCUGUUUUUCUACAAUGAAGGAAAAAAACCAGCAUCCCAAACAUCUCCUCCUGCUAAUUUUACUGCCUGCAAUCCUAUCUCUCCAAUCAGCUUUGGCUGUGGACUUUGUGUUCAAUGGCUUCAACUCCUCAGACAUGCUGCUUCUCUACAGCAACGCCACCGUCGAAUCUCGGAUUCUAACACUCACAAACAGCACAAAUUUCUCCAUCGGCCGAGCACUUUACAAGUCCAAGAUCCCCGCCAAGGCACCAAACUCUUCGUAUGUGUAUCCUUUCUCAACUUCUUUCAUUUUCUCCAUUGCUCCUUACAAGAACACUCUCCCUGGCCAUGGCAUGGUCUUCAUUUUCACCCCGGUUGCCGGCAUCAAAGGCACGAGCUCAAGCCAGCAUCUUGGGCUUUUCAACUUCACCAACGAUGGCAUCCCCAGCAACCAUGUGUUUGGUGUGGAAUUUGAUGUCUUCAAGAAUGAAGAGUUCCAGGACAUUAACGACAACCAUGUUGGUAUUGAUGUGAAUUCCCUCAAGUCUGUAGAAGCACAUGAGGCAGGGUAUUGGCCUGAAAAUAGCGAUUUCAAGAAAUUGAAGCUGAACAGUGGAGAAAAUUACCAAGUUUGGAUUGAUUAUAAGGAUUUCUUUAUUAAUGUUACUAUGGUAAGAGCGGGCAUGCAAAGGCCUCGAACCCCAAUUUUGAGUGUUUUUUAUAAUUUAUCUGAUGUUUUUGAGGAUGAAAUGUUUGUUGGGUUCACAAGUUCAACAGGGCAGUUGGUUGAGAGCCAUAAGGUUUUGGCUUGGAGCUUUAGCAAUUCCAACUUUUCGUUGAGUGAGAGCUUGAUCACUUCGGGUUUGCCUUCUUUUGUGCUUCCAAAGAGUCCGAUUUUCAAGUCAAAAGGUUUUAUUGCAGGAAUUGUAGUGGGUGGUUUGUUUGUAAUUGGUGUAUGUGCUCUGUUUUCUCUGUUUUUGAUUAAGAGGCAUAGGAGGCUAGCAAGGGAGAGAGAGGAUAUGGAGGACUGGGAAUUGGAGUUCUGGCCUCAUAGGAUUACUUAUCAGGAAAUCGAAGCGGCUACGAAGAGUUUCGGAGAAGAAAAUGUGAUUGGGGUUGGAGCCAAUGGGAAGGUUUACAAAGGUGUUUUGGCAGGAGGGGCAGAGGUUGCAGUGAAGCGCAUUUCACAUGAAAAUGAUGGAAUGAGAGAGUUCUUGGCUGAAAUUUCAAGCAUCGGGAGGUUGAAGCACAGGAACUUGGUAGGUUUGAGAGGUUGGUGUAAGAGAGAGAAGGGUAGCUUCAUGCUGGUCUAUGAUUAUAUGGAAAAUGGAAGUUUGGACAAGAGGGUGUUUGAUUGUGAUGAGAGUAAGAUGUUGAGCUUUGAGGAUAGAAUUAGGAUUUUGAGAGAUGUGGCUUCAGGGGUUUUGUACUUGCAUGAGGGUUGGGAAUCCAAAGUCCUACAUAGGGACAUUAAGGCAAGCAAUGUGCUACUUGAUAAGGAAAUGAAUGGAAGGCUUGGGGAUUUUGGGUUGGCAAGGAUGCAUGGUCACGGUGAAGUGCUUGGCACCACUAGGGUGGUUGGAACCAUAGGGUACCUGGCCCCGGAAAUCAUACGGGUCGGGCGAGCAUCAGAUCAAACCGAUGUGUUUGGGUUCGGAAUCUUGAUUUUGGAAGUAAUGUGUGGGAGGAGGCCUAUAGAGGAUGGGAAGCCACCUUUGGUGGAAUGGGUGUGGCAACUUAUGGUACAAGGCAAAUUAAUGGAUGGGUUUGAUGAGAGGCUUAGGACUAAAGGAGAAUUCAACGAGGAGGAAGUGGAGAGAGUGCUGCAUUUGGGAUUGUUGUGUGCAUAUCCUGACCCAAAUGCUAGACCAUCAAUGAGACAAGUGGUCAAAGUCUUGGAGGGGAAGAAUGAUCAGCCGGAGGAGUCUGAAACUGAGGAUAUGGAUGCAUAUUUGCUCCACAAAUUGCAAUCCAAAGAGAUGUGGUCUGAUUUUUCUCAAACUUUUGGGUAUGGAUCAGCACACCCAACUUUUGAGGAUAUUAAGCAGUCCAUAUCCACUUCAAUGUCUUUGUCUUGGUCCAAUACUAGCAUGGUGGAGGGCAGGUGAAUUUCCAUUACGCACCAAAUGCGAUGGCGGAGUUACGUACGGGUCUGAAAUUGUCUUAACCGCUCAAAUUUUAUAUGAACAAGAUUACCGAUAUGUACAUGGAAGAUUACCCGAAAGAUACGUAGCUAGCUCCACCACAUGGAAAUGGGAUUUUUCCUUUUGUUCUUUUUUUCUUCCACAUAUAUUCAUUCAUUUUCAUUGGAUUGGGUGAUGUAGAGGAGUCUUUUCUUUUUCUCUCUUUGCAAAUCAGAACCGUACAUAUGUAUUAUAGCAUACUUUAUGACAUAAUACGAGUGAUUUUUAGCUUAA